AUGUCUCUUAUUCGUAGAGCACUUACAUUAAAAUCUUUUUCAAAUCAUAUUACUAAAUCAAUAACAUCACUUCUUCGCUUAACCUCUCCGACAUCUCUUACUAUAAAUUCUCUCCAAUUUUCAAUUAGACAUUAUGUCAUAGAAAGUACGAAUCGUGUAACUUCUACUAAAGAAAAUUCGGGUCAUGUAACCAAUGAUGCCUUUACUAAAGAACAUGUUACUAAUGAUUUUCCUACCAUUCCUAAGGGAAAGGUUGCAUUUUGUUUAGCAGAAAUAGAUAAGUCGGAGCUAAAAGUGUCAAGACCUACUACAAAAUGGAGAAUAGUACGCAAAAGAAUUUAUGUAGAGAAUAGAAAAAGAUCAUUUAUUAAAAAGAAUAUAGUUGAUCAGGUUAAUUUUGAAGCAUUGGAAGAUUUCAAUGAAUGGCUUAGAAAGCUUCGAUUUAAAAAAUGGGCUUGGGUAUUUGAAGGAAUGAAAUGGCAGGAUAUAAUUCAAUUAAAUGAUACGCAAUUAAUGGAAAAAG